UCGCUCUGGCAUCUGCGCUGGCGCAUGCGCGAGUUUCUCGCCGAGCUCGUGGCCAGCACGCUGCUGCUGGCAGUCGGCACGUCUGUCAACUGUCAAGUCAAGCUUUCGCAAAGCCUCUCGCCAUCAUCGGCUGCCGGCUCGUAUGCCUCUCAGAACUGGGCUUGGGGUCUCGCAGUCAUGUGCACCAUUCAUCUCGCCGGCGGCAUUUCAGGUGCGCACGCCAAUCCGGGCAUCACCAUCUCGCUCGCCUUCUUCCGAGGUUUCCCCUGGAGGCUUGUGCCGAGCUAUCUCGCCGCACAGCUACUUGGCUCCUUCCUCGGCGCCGCGCUCACCUACGCCAUGUAUCUGCCGAGCAUCGAGCGCUACCAGGGUGCCGCCGGCGUCGGCAUGCGCACAAUUGUGGGAGAAGGCGAGACGGGCAGUCUCUUCACUACGGUGCCUGCACCUUACACAACGCCUGCCUCGACAUUCGCCACCGAGCUCGUCGCCAGUGCAAUCCUUGCCAUGCUUGUGCUGUGCGUGGGAGAUGAGAGCAAUUCGCCGCCGGGCGACGGCAUGAGUGGUCUCAUCAUUGGCCUCGCUGUCACGAUGAUCGUGAGUAGCGGCUACGCCAUCAAUGCAGCGCGUGACUUUGGGCCACGCGUCUUUCUGUCGUGCGUCGGCUACGAGUCGGCCGUGUGGACGCACAAUUCGCACUGGUGGCUCUACGGACCGAUCGUCGGGACCAUCGGUGGAGCAUUGCUCGGCUGUCUCGUAUACGACAUUUGCAUCUUCCAAGGCGAGGCAUCGCCUCUCAAUCGCCGA